GCCCUUUGUUGUAAAAAGGAGUUCGAAAAUUUGUCGUCGUGUAAAUUGCACGCGCAGCAACCGUUGAGUUAGGAUUUGUUCGGCGACUGCCAUUCCGACGGCUUCACAGUUUUGGCUCAGACUCCGACACUUGGCCUGAGCCUCAAUUCUUCUCCGGCCACUGUUCCGGCGUCAAGCUGUAGCCAAUCCUUUCACCUAUUUGUUGAGAUUUUGAUAUUUAUGCGUAGCCUUAGAAAGUAAACAAUUAGAGUGGAAAGGAAGAUAAUGGAGGUGCAAAGGUACGUAUGGGAGGGUGCAAUUCCUCUGCAGAUUCAUCUACAUGAAUCCGAAGUGACGACUCUCCCUUCUCCUCCUCCCGCCCUUUUCUUAGCUCCACGGAUUGGGUACUUACCUUUGCUUAUUCCUCUUAUAAAGCCUCACUUCGCUGCUACUCUUCCUCCUGGGAUCGACACCGUCUGGUUUGACUAUAAGGGCUUGCCUCUCAAGUGGUAUAUACCAACAGGAGUUCUCUUUGAUCUUCUGUGUGCUGAACCGGAAAGGCCUUGGAAUUUGACGGUACACUUCAGAGGAUAUCCAAAUAAUUUAUUGAUUCCUUGUGAAGGUGAAGACUCUGUAAAGUGGAACUUUAUUAAUUCAUUGAAAGAGGCAGAUUACAUAAUUAGUGGAAAUUGCAAGAAUGUUAUGCACAUGUCUCAACCUGAUCAAGUGGAACUCUGGAACUCUGUGAUGAAUGGUAAUUUGGAAGCAUACUUACGUGCAUCAUCUAAGCUUAAAUUUGGAAUAAUUGAGGAUAAAUAUACAAUGAAAAUGGAUUUGCGCUCACAAAAAUCUCAAAAGACCACUGGUGAGGCCGAUAUGGGUGGGCAAAUGAAGACAGGUAAAAUUCCAGUUCGGUUGUACAUCUGGUCUGUUGGUGAGGAUUUUGAAGAUUUAGAAGAUAUGCCUAAAAUUGAUAGUUGGGACAAAAUUUCUUAUAUAAAUCGGCCUAUUGAGAUAUACAGAGAAGAAGGUAGAUGUUUCACCCUACAUGAUGCACUGAAAACUCUUAUACCAGAAUUUUUGGCGGAUAAAUCCUUGAUUGAUGAGGAAUCAUUUAGAGUAGAAGGUGAAGAUGAACAAUUAGUAUUGUCAGAAGAGGUGAGCAGCAAUAAAAUGGCAGCAGAGGGAAGAGAAAUUUCAUCUCAAUCUGUGGAGUCUUCCUGCACAUCUGGUGCUGUUGAAAUUAAACUUGUCCGCAUCCAAGGCAUUGAACCAAAACUUGAGAUACCCUUCUCUUGGGUAGUGAAUAAUUUAAAGAAUCCUGAGCACUUUCUUCAUAUUUGUGUCUCUCUCAAAUUUCCACAAGUAAAUUCCUAUGACAGCUAUUUGAUGCCGUUCGAGAUGUUGUGCUGAGCAAAGGAGAAGCCACGGAAGCAGCCAAGAAGGAGUUGAUAGAGAUACUAAAAGUGCUAGAGGGAGGCCUUGGAGAGAGAGAUUUCUUUGGAGGGAAAGCUUUUGGAUUUGCUGACAUUAUAGCAAUCCCUUCAACCUGUUGGUUUUUAGCUGCUGGGAAGUUGGGGAACUUCCAGGUUGAAGCUGAAUUC